GUUCACUUGUACAGGUACUUGCCAACAGUGUGUGACUGACCGCCAAGAGGUUAACAGGCCGUUCAGUGGCGAAGAGGAUAAAGUAAAGUGAAAGAAAAUAUUUUAAAACAUAAGAUAUUGUGGCUCCUACCUGUUCGGGUUGUGGGUUUCGUCCUUAGGAUGAAUUAGAAUUGAAACAUCUCCCGCGGGCAGGGAUUCAGAAAUUUGAGUUGAAGUCAGAAUAAAUAAAACCAAGAGGGGCGGAGGAAGAAAAAGAGAAAGUGAGGAAGAACACCAACCAUCAUGUACAAGGAGGUGAAGGUUACCAGUGAGACAGUAGUGUGUGCUGGAGUGACCCACACACCAGAUAUCCUUUGUCCACCAUCAAACUCUCACCAAGAAUGUUACUGUUAAUGUUAGUACAAGUAUUUGUGAGGGGAGCAUCGAUGAUCAAGAGUAAUAUGAGGCUACAUGUGCGACUAAGAUUUUGGGUGGGCCUCGCCUCAGCAUAUGUUCUUUUCAUGGGAUUUGUUCACUUGCUGCAAGUCCCUCUGAGAUCAAAUGCACUUCACUCUCACUAUGACCUGUCAGGAGAAGGUGUUUUUGCAAAGCAUCGUGCAGCAGUGAAGAAAGAGGCAGAGAAGUACGCUCAGGCAGCUCUCAAGGCUCCUGCAGCUGACAUGGAGACCGCUCAACAGAUAUCAUUGUUAAAAGAAACCUUUAAGAAGGCAGAUAGCAGUGUUGAUGGCCUCCUAGAUCUGGCUGAACUGUCUUCGUGGAUAAGCACCAAGAUUAAGGAACACCUCACUCUUGCACUGAAGGAGAAUUUCUUUAUGUUUACAGCCAUAGACCAGGACCCAAGGAAUGGGAUGGUGUCUUGGGAUGAGUUUCACCAUUACUUCCUCAAACAGCAUGGUUAUGAUGACAAAUACAUACAGGAGCAUAAGAAAAACCACAAAGGAAUGCCCAGAGAAUUAAAGGAGGCCAUCAUGAGAGACAAGGCCGCGUGGUCUGAAGCCGCCCGGGAUAAUCCCGAGCAUCUGACCAUUGAUGAAUUCUUAGCCUUCAGACAUCCUGAGUCUUCACAUGCUACAAUCCUGAGCAUUGUUGAGGAGACUAUAGGAAGACUGGAUGUUGAUGAAGACAACAAACUGAGUGAGGAUGAGUUUUCUGAUCCAGACAUGAACGAGGUGCCAGAUGACAUGACCUUAGAACAGUACAAGAAUGAACGUCUCAAGGAGUUUAGGAUUGCAGAUGAAGACAGUAAUGGAAAAGUAGACAGGAGGGAAUUGUUGCGUUACAUAGAUCCUCGCAACAUCCAUCAUGCAGAGAAAGAGGCAGUCAAUCUGUUAAGUGCAGCAGACACUAACCAAGACGGAGUUCUUACAUUGGUUGAAGUGCUCGCCCAGAGAGAGAUGUUCAUGAGAAGCAAGAUGGUGGAUGCUGCAAAGAGUUUCCAUGAUGAGUUUUAACUUUUCCUGAGAUGUGACUAGCACAUUAAAGAUGAUUUUGAUACAUUUGAAAUACAUUUGGUUAAGUUGAUAUAUUUGUAAUGAGUUAGAAUUUUUUAUAUUUUUUGUAACAUAGAUGUUAUAUUGCUCUUGCUAAAUGCAUUUGCCAGUA